AAAAACACUCCCUCAGAAACAGGAGCAGCAGCGGGAAUAGUGACUCUCUAUUAUACAGCUAAACAGGAUUAAAGUGAGUUAAACAGAGUUACAGUGGUGUUAAAGUUAUAAAUCGACUCAGUAAAUAAUAGAUUUAGUGUUUUAGUGCUCAGACAGUGAGAGAUGUCGCUCUGCAGCACAGUGAUGAAGACUCUGAUCUUCUUCACAUUUUCUCUUCAUCUUUCAUCAGCAGUCACACACUCCAUGCAGUAUUUCUACACUGGAGUUACAUCUGGAAUAAAUUUCCCAGAAUUCACUGCUUUGGGUCAGGUGGAUGGAGGACAGUUUGCGUAUUAUGACAGUAACAUCAGGAAAAUGAUCCCAAAGACGGAGUGGAUACAGAAGAAUGAGGGAGAAGAUUACUGGAACACUGAGACACAGAAGCAUCAGGGUCAUCAGGAGAUCUUCAAAGUCAAUGUGGCUACAGCAAUGCAGCGCUUUAAUCAGUCUACAGGAGUUCACACAUGGCAGGAGAUGUACGGCUGUGAGCUGGACGAUGACGGGACUGUUAGAGGAUACAGACAGUACGGUUAUGAUGGAGAAGAUUUCAUCAGUUUGGAUCUGAAAACCUUCACAUGGACUGCAGCUAAACCACAAGCUGUGAUCACCAAGAACAAGUGGGAUAAUAAUCCUGGUAUGACUGUGAGCAAUAAGAACUACCUGGAGAAGGAGUGUAUCGACUGGACAAAGAAGUAUGUGUCUUACGGCAAAGAGACUCUGGAGAGGAAAGUUCGUCCUACAGCGUCAGUGUUCCGGAAAGAAGCCUCUUCUCCAGAGGUGGUGUGUCACGCUACAGGUUUCUUCCCCAAAGCAGUGAUGAUCUCCUGGAGGAAGGACGGAGAGGACGUGCAUGAGGACGUGGAGCUCAGAGAGACGUUACCCAACCAGGAUGGAAGCUUCCAGAAGAGAAGCAUUCUGAAAGUCCCAGCUGAGGAGCUGCAGAAACACACCUACACCUGUGUGAUUCAGCACAGCAGUAUGGAGGAUUUAGUGCUAGAAGUACCAAAAGGUGGAGUACCGAUGGCUAUCAUCAUUGGUGUAGUCGUGGCUCUCGUCCUUCUCGUUGCUGUUGUUGCUGGAGUUAUGGUCUGGAAGAAGAAGAACUCUGGCUUCAAACGUGCUCCAGCCUCUGAAGAGUCUUCCUCCACCAACUCUUAAAGCGUGACUGUGUGUCUUCCUGCUGAAGUGAGAGAGAGACUCCAGGAGAUGGAGAUGAGGAACACACACACACACACACGCACACAUUAUUCAGUGGGUAUCAGGGUAUAGUUUAUUUUCUUGUAAAUCUCUUCUGGAUGUAAAAUGGGAUUUUUCUGAUUGUUAUAGUCUUAUUUUUAUGCUCUAAUGCUUUAAUUCUCUGUGUAGUUUUCAUUCUUUAUCUGUAAUUAUACACACACACACACACACACACACACACUGAUCUACUCAGGCUUCAGUCUUUAAUAGUGUUUAAAACAGGAGUGUGUAUCAGUUUGUGUAUCAGUUUGUUUAUUCUGUAGGUUUCUCAGCUGAUUUCCUGUAGAACUGAAUCAGGUUCAGAUCGUCAGCACACGAGAGCUUUGAGUUCUGUCUUUUCCCUCUGACUCCCUGUUCUGUUUUAAGGACAUUAGUCUCUAAUAAAUUUUAUAUCUCUAAUGAUUUUUAUUUUAUUUACUAGUUUGUGUUUCUUCUCUGUUUACAUGAUAAAGAUAAGAGAAUACAAACUGUUGUAAUAAUGCUGAAAGAUAUAAAUAACCUUAAAGUU